AUGGCAACACCCGAGGCAGAGAAUGAUCACAUUUUGACCAUUAAAUGUGUUGUGGUGGGAGAUGAACGAAUCGGCAAGUCGUGCUUCAUCUCGCGGCUCUCGGGCCACUCCUUCCACAGCCAGUACUGCCCGACUAUGGUCAAUAUGACGCCUGUGAGAACAAUGCGGGAGGGAAGGCUCAUGCUCGUUGAUUGUUGGGAUACUCCUGGCGCGCAUCACCUGCAGAACAUCCGACUUCUGGCCUAUCAGGGCACACAUAUCUUUGCGGUCUGCUUCUCCGUAGUUAUACCGGAAUCUUUUGAGAAUGUGUGCACAAAAUGGAUGCAGGAGAUAAGGGAACACGGGCCCUCGAAUGCCACCGUCAUUCUGAUUGGCCUACAGAGUGACCUCAGAGGAGACGAGGAUGUGAACAGGGAACUUCAUGAACGAGGAGUCCAGAGCCCAACUCUUGACCAGACAAACUGUGCAGAAAAGUCCUCUGAUAUUUAUGGUCGAGACUGUAUUACUCCAUAA